UUACCCCGCCCUUCUCCUUUCCCUACAAUAAUCUCCCACCAUGGCCGGCGGCGGAGGAAAAUACCGGCACUUGGGUCGCAAGUCCUCCCAUCGACAGGCCCUGCUCCGCAACCUGGUCACCUCGCUCUUCGAGAAUGAGUCGAUCACAACAACAUGGCACAAGGCCAAGGAGGCCCAACGAUUGGCCGACAAGUUGAUUACCUUGGGAAAGAAGAACUCGGAAGCUAGUCGGAGACGGGCCCUGGAGAUUUUCUAUAAACCACACGAAGUCAUCCCCAAACUCUUCGGCCCCCUCCGCGAACGCUACGCCGACCGACCAGGCGGCUACACCCGCGUGCUCCGCAUCGAACCCAAAGAGAAAUUCGAAUAUUACUCCGUGCGCCGCGGUGACAAGAACGCCGAACAGGAGCGCAAACCCGCCGAUCAAGCCCCCAGCGCCAUCUUGGAGCUCGUCGAUGGGCCCAAGGACAUGCGCUUCGCCAUGACUGCGCGUGCUGUCUCCCGCCAACGUGAAAUGGACUGGGACAUGAAUGAGAUUACUGAGCGCAACAUUCGUAAGGUCACCCAGUUCCGAAAGGGUGGUAUUGAUGCGCUUGAGGAUGCGGUGAGCAAGUUGAGCCUUAGCAACAGCAAGGUUCUUGAGGAUGUUGAGGGGGUUGAGAGUGGGUUGAAGGAGUUGUCGAAUCCCGAGGAGGAGAAGGCCGCUGAGCUCGCGGGCAAAGUGAAUGCUUUAAGGAACAAGGCUUAG